GUAUGUGUGUGGGGUGGGACAGAAGAUCCUAGAACCUGGGUUGGCUAAACAUCAACUCAAGAGGGGUCUAAAGGGACUCAAAGUCAAAGGCGCUGAGUAAAGCUGUAGUAAAGGCACACACGUUCCACACACAGCAAAAUGAGCGACCAGAAAGUGAGAGGUGAGCUGCUGAACUUGCCAAAGAAAAGCCUAAAGACGAACUCCUCUGGUGUAAAGGGCCUGAUCCGGCAGUCUCUGGAGGCCAAGAGCUUCGCUUACUGCCCCUAUAGCAAGUUCCGAGUAGGGGCCGCCCUGCUGACCCGUGACGGGACGGUGUUUACAGGCUGCAAUGUUGAAAAUGCCUGUUACAACCUGGGAAUCUGCGCAGAGCGGACUGCCAUCUCCAAGGCCGUGUCAGAAGGCUAUAAAGAUUUCAAAGCUAUUGCAAUAGCCAGCGACUUGUGUGAGCAGUUCAUCUCCCCAUGUGGAGGCUGUAGGCAGUUCAUGAGAGAAUUUGGUGCCAGCUGGGACGUGUAUUUGUCCAAGCCGGAUGGUUCCUAUGUGGAGAUGACCGUUGAGGAGCUGCUGCCCGGGUCCUUCGGCCCAGACGACCUGCAGAUGAAGAAGGUUCAUACCCUUCCAAAUGAAUUUUAAUGACCUCUGUGAGAAAAAGAGGGGAAAUGGCAAAAAUGUCAGGAGAAAAGCAACAUAAAGGUGCACGUGAAGCUAUACGCCACAAUGGCAUGGGCACCAAGCUUCUGUGCUUAAAGGGGAACUCCACCGAUUUUUCAAAAGUUGAUGGUUAGAUAUAUUCUGUUUUAUGAUAGUUUCAGGAUAAAGUUUUGGCUUAAAUUGUCUUUUAAUCCAUUUAUUUUAAUCCAUUCAUGGCGGAGGGGUACAUGCAGGCCAAAACAGCCCCCGAACAAAACUAAUUUUUUUCCGAUUUAUGACCAUUUUACCAACAUUACAUAUACAGACGCAGAAGACUUGCAUAGGUUGUCUGUAAGUUUCUGUACAAUUAAUCGCUUCAUGUGAGACCACUCUGAAUGACUCUUUAAUCUAAAAGACUGAAAUAUUCACAAAUUUCAAAAAAAUGGUGGAAUUCCCCUUUAACACUUGCUAAAAAAUAAAGAGAAAACUGCAACUAAACAGCAACAUCUUGAAAGAAGCAGUUCCUGGACUCAUAAAUGUUACUUUAGUGUUAAAAGCCGGUUCACAUUAUGAAGUAUUAAGAACAUACUGGUUUUGCAUGUAAACAUUUCAGUUUUACAAUUUGUAUAUAUAAUUUCAUAUGUACAUUUGCAAUCUUAUUUAAGAGACAUUCUGUUGUGUAUUAAAUGAAAUGGAGUAAAAAGCUGUUUCUCUAUUUCAUCAGAAAACCUGAUGUAAAAAGUUCUGAGAUGCUUUAAACUGGGUUAAUACAGUGUAUCAGUGUUUAUAUAUUAGCACCGUGUUAGUGUUUAUAUACAGGCUAUGCAAAAGUUUUAGGCAUCUGAGAAAAUGAGAACUAAACAGCUGUUUAUUUGAGCAGUAAGCAUUUAUUUCUCAAAAAAAAAAAAAACAGUAUUAGAAUAAAUACAAAUUAAAGGGUUCAUAUAAUGAAUGAAUUUUGCUCACUUUUUAAAAACAUAAGAGUUUUGUGUCAUUAUGUCAAAGAACAGCACACUUGCAUAUAUCUGCCUGUGUUUCAGCCUGGACUGCUUUUUGAAUCGAGCACAAUACAGUGCAGGCAAUCAGAACAGGUCAUUUGCAAUAUCAGUCUUGAAGGCAUAAUAACAAAAACAGCCUGUUUAAUUCUAAAAGAUAAAGAGAGGUUGGAAAAUGGUCAGGUAAAAAUGGAUGAUGACUGAUUUUGGUAAAGAAAACCAUAAGUGGAGCUCAGGGGAAACCAUAAAAUACAAGAAAAUGUAAGAUAUAGGCCCUUUAAUACACAAUUUCUUUUGUGUUAUCAGAAUCCCUUCAACCCAAAUUAAUUUGAAGUAACCCACAGGUUGUAAGUAGUAGUAUGAUAUAGUUUUAUGAUUUAUGAUUUUAAGUUUGUGUUUAGUUUCCGAAUGUCUUUUUUUCCCCAAGAACCAUCUGUUUCAAACAGAUCCUGUUUAAGAGGAUUACAACGUUUUUGCAAUUUAGCUAGCUAGUUAUUAAUUAUACUCUACAUUAAAAACUUUCCCAUGAUUACAUUCACACGAUACAUUCCAUUCCAUUUAGUAAUAAUUUAGUGGAUCAUCUGUCACUUUUUGUACUUAUUACGUCACAAAAAAAAUGCGUUAUUUUUUUCAUGAACAAAAAUGUUUUUUAAAUUAAAUUUGACAUUUCUAUCACAGUCUCAUAAACCCCCUGCAAUGCCACUACAAACCCCUGGUUGGGAAACCCUGGUCUAAUAAAACUACAGGCAACUGUAAUUUGUGUCAACUUUAUUUAAAGUUAAGCAUUAUGUGGGAGACAUGGAACAAACAACGUAUAAUCUUACAAAUAAAAUCUCUUCUUUUAAAUAAAGGGGAUGUAUAAUUAAUCUCCCGAGGUCAAUAUCCUAAACCGAUUUUCAUACAUCGUUGAGAGAAUUAAUAAUUUAGUUGCAAUACCAUCCUACAUUCAAAUAAUAUUCGUACUACAGUAUUUUUGAACGUAGGCAUGUCGAGCAUGGACAACAGAAAAUGCAAAGUGCAAUACAAAAAAAAAAAA